AUGUCCGAACAGCUUUCUACAGCAGCAGGUAUGGAUUGGACAUUUGACGACAGCAAUACGCCAGCCUUGUCUUCCUCAAAUUUCCUCGACACUCAACAGAGACGAAUUCUUCCCCAACGAGACCCCCAAUACUCGAGCUAUGAGAGUCAACUCGGUUCUUCCAUGCCGUAUUCAAGACUUAAGAAGCUCCCGCAGCCCUCCCCAGAGCAAUGGGUAAAUCUCAAACCGAUUAUUUACGAGCUCUACAUCGAGAAGAAUGUAACAUUGAAAAACAUUCUCGGUAUCAUCGCAGAAGACCAUCAACUCAAAGUCACGUACGUAUGUUCAAGAUAAGAUGUGUAAAAUUCUACUUAAAUACAAAGAUACUGACGAUGACACAGUAUGAAGCAGCUCACCAAUCAAUUGGAAUCUUGGAAAUUUUGGAAAAAUAAGACGAAGAAUCGGGGAACCGCGGUGCCUCGAUCUGAUGGUUCGCACACCGGAAGAAGAAUGGCGAAAGAGGAGUGCAGAAGAAGGAAACAAGAUGCUACUUGUGAUUCGAAAGUCUUGAUGCGUAUGCUCUUCAUUCCCAUGAAAUUGUCUUGUGUCUCUAACGAGAACCAGGAGAAACACCAAUAACAACAUCUCAUGAACAAGACAUGCACGAACAGGAAGCGACUACGCCAGAAACAGGUGCCCCCGAGACAAAUCUCAUAAAAAUACCAGAGCAGCCAGAUGAAUGUAUGGAAGUUCAAACAUUGGAAACUCCUAUGGAUAUUACUUGGCCAUUCUCAUGGACGUACGUGGAUGUGGAGAAUUCUCCAGAACUCACCCGCUUGUUCUCACAUUUGAAAAUUGUAUGUGGAGAGGAUAUACCGGAUUUUGAACUUCCACCUCCUUCUGUGCCCUUGAAUACCACGUUUCCAGAGUACGUUAGUGCUUUCGAAGUGGAGAAAGGCUCCGGCGACAAAGCUUCUGAUCCCGCUGAUGAGAUGGAAGCACACACCACAAUGAGCCUCAUCAAACGGAGCUCAUAUGCUUCUCAUUCGAACAAGAAAACACGCGGUCUUUUCAUUCACGAAGGAUUCGAUUUCCCACUACCACAAUACUUUGACUCAUACCAUUCUCCAUCUCCUUUCAACGAAGUCCAUGUCUUUCCGAGUUCCCCAGCCACCAGAUCCGUGAACCGAAGCUAUUUGGCGACAUAUAAAGAGAUAGAUGAUUGGGACGCAAAGCUAUACAACCUUCAGACGUCUGGUCUAUUAUCCUACUCAAACCCUAGACACCUGAAAAUGAUACGUAACUUGGUUGACUCGUUCCUGCUACGCGGUACUAUCCGCGAUGGGAAUUUGGCAGAAUAUUGGUGUAAUCAACUUUUGAAUAACCACAGCUCCACUCGAUUCCACACAGAGCAAAUCUUGUGGGACAGGUUAAAUCUUAUUGAGGCAAUCUGCAAUCAGAGACAGGCCCGAAAAGCGCUAGCCACAAUUGAAGAUUCAGAAAAUGAGCUUUUAAUGCCCAGCAACAUGGUUCUUAUCCGUUUUCUACGCUUGAAAGGAAGGAUUUUCCGCCAUCUUUACCAGCGUACAGACGCAGAGAAAGCUUCUAGGAAUUGUUUGCAGCUAUGCCUCAGCAAUUUAGGACCCAAACAUGAAGAGACUGUGAACACUAUGUUCAGACUUUCUCAAUGCUUAAGGCGGCGGAAGGGGAGUGAAGAACUUUUAAGAAUCGCUCUACCUCUGGGAGGAAAGGAAUUAACUAUAUUACUUGAGAUAUCAUCAAGGCUGGGACGUUUGAUGUACAUGCAAGGUCGGUACGGAGAGGCUGUUUUGCUUUCGAGUAAAAACAUAGAAACUGCUAGAAGUAGCUCUGACUAUGUCAAGGGCUGGAUGGGUGACAGCUUCCAGAACAUUAUGUCUAGCUUGCUAGAACAAGGGAAGCUAGGACAAUGUAUUCAAGCAGCUCAUGAAUAUGUGGAUUUCGGACUAAGGGAUUGGCGAUUUGAGUUUUUUUUAUAUCCUUGGAGUGAUAUCACGGAUAUUUCAAGAAGAACAUGA